AUAAUCGAUACAAUCGAUAGAAUCGAUAAAUUAAAAAUCGACCUUUGAAAAUCGAUCUUUGCGUUAUUGCGCGAUGUUGAGUUUUCAGGUUAGGCAUCGAUCGAGGGAGCCGCUCAGCUGCAACAAGGAUGUGAGGGCGAGGAGGUUGUUAUGAUUUCGUCUUGGAUCGUCCCUGCACUGACUCGCGAGAGUUAGGACUCGUUCCUUCGUUUUCUCGUGCUACAAUGACGUGUUAACUCCGAAACAUGGCGCAUUCUAUCCUCGACGAUUUGACAGACGUCUCACUAGACGGCUCCUCUGUGCAAUCUUUGUUGGAGUCACAGACCUUGAUAGCUGAAGUCGAGCAGUCAGCGAUCGAUCAGGAUGAGGAAGAUAUAUUUCAAUGCGGCAAGUGCAAGAGCCAGUUUACAUCAUUGCAGAUGUUUGUGCUCCACAAAAGAACGCACCAAAAGACGCAGGAACAGACAGUGGACUUAACUCAAUUCCUGACAAACGAUGAAAGUCAGGUGAUGCAUGUGGAAGAUGCCACUCCGGAUGAAUCACAGUACAAUUCGCAGGAAACCUUUCAGCUUGGAGAACCCAUUAUUCUGGAAGAAGCAGAUAUGUUAUUUAGUGUGGACCAAGAGGCUGCCAAUUAUUUCACCACAGAUUCUACAUUCAGUGUGCCAAUUAUCUUGAGCACGGAACAUCUGGACUCUUUUGUCCAGGCGACAGGGGAGGAUUCGAACGAGGUGCCGGCAAUACAACUGCAAAACGAUAUCAGCUCUCAGGAAGACGCCUCGAGCCAGUCCGAACAUCCUAGCGCUUCGUUGAUGGACAACGAGCCAUCGGUAGCGGAUGAACCGCCUGUAGCAGACGAACCACCUUUAGAUGGCAAUGAAUCUUCCUUCGAGAACAACGAAAUAUCCCUUCAGGAUAAUUUGCUUGAUGAAUUAGAAAACGACAGUAGUCAAGCGCAGAACUUAAAGUAUAAGUGUGGCUAUUGCAACAAGCAAUUUGCAAAGAAAUUUUAUUGGCAGCAACAUGAACGUUCUCACACUGGAGAAAAGCCUUACCAGUGUGUAGUGUGUGGUCGUGCAUUUGCACAAAAGUCAAAUGUGAAGAAACAUAUGUCUUCGCACAAAGUCUGGCCUGGCACUGCUAUUCAUUCAUUACCACCAGAGGCACCUCUAGACGGAAGUAUCGACCGCACGUAUCACUGCCAAUUCUGCAAGGAAACAUUCGACUCGUACAAGGCUUUGAAAGGACACCUCAUCGUCUCGCAUCUAGCGCUGAAAGUGUACAAAUGUGUGCAAAGCAGCUGCAGCAUGAUGUUCUCGGAGCUAGAGGAAUUCCUGGAACACACACGUAGUCACAAGUGCUCGGAAUAUCGGUGCCACGUAUGCGGCGAGGUAUUCAGUACCCUCUCGGAUCUCGGUCGUCAUCAGUACGUUCACUCCGUCCAGAAGCAAAAGACUACGGAGAAGUACUAUUGCUGCUCGGUCUGCAAAUCAUCCUUUUCGAAUCUCGAAGCGCUGCAACAUCAUCAAGAAACUACUACACACGACUAUGCAUGUCUGCACUGUGGCAAAAGUUUUCUCAUCGAGAGAUUUUUACGUCGUCAUCUCAAAACCCAUUCUGCGUCAGCGAGAUUCGCUUGCGAGGAUUGCGGCAAGGCUUUCAAAACUGAGCAGUACCUGGCCAAUCAUAAGUUAAUACACAGUGAGGAGACACCCUUUACUUGUCCGCAUUGCCCGGCUAGAUUCAAGCGGAAAGAUCGGUUGGGACGACACAUGCUGAUCCAUGAUUUGACGAAAAGGCUCAAGUGUCCAUUUCGCGGUUACCUGGGCUGCAUGAGCGAAUUUUCGCGACCGGAUAAGCUUAAACGGCACCUGUUGACGCACAGCAACGUCAAACGAUUCAGCUGCAGUCAUUGUAAUCGCAACUUCCAUCGGGCGCAGGCUCUCAAGCAUCAUGAAACGAACAAGCACAGUCUCAAGUGUGACAUUUGUUCUCACGCUUUUAAGACUAAAGAGCAGCUGAUUACCCACAAUUGCGAGCAAUCGGGCGAGACUAAGAAGCACAUGAGCUCGCAGCUACCAAAAAAAGCAUCAGGAUCAUUUAAGCCAAGGAAACCAACUCCAAAGAGACAAACGUUAUCAAAGACUGCAGUUUCGCUUGUGGAUAAAGAGAAAUUGGAAAAAUUCAAGACCGACGAAAUAGAAAGAAAAAUCGCCUCUGAAACAUUCAAGUCUGACGAUUUCGCUGAAGACUUUUGUAAGAAGACGGGAAACAUUCCUCCCGUCUCGAAGAUUGAAUUGAUCGGCAGCGAAUUAAACGAGCGAUCCGACUCGCCAAAUAUGAUCUUUGAAGAAGAUUUUAAGCGGGACAUAGAAUUUUACUCGUCCACAAAUGAGUAGAGAGUUUUGCAAUACAUAUACAUAUAUAAACAUAUAUGAAUAUAUAUAAACAUAUAUGAA